AUGCCCCCCGGGCCACGAGAUGUCCCCGACCCAUCAUUGCUCAUCGACACUGCCCGCUCGCGCACCAAAUCCAGCCGUGCUCUCAGUUACGAGGAUCCCCCGCCAUCGACAAGCACCAUCGACGUGCAUGGAUCUGACUUGGAGGAAUCGGAUACUCCUAUUGUGCUUCCCGGAAAACGAAAGAAAAAGCAGGUGCUGGUCCCACAAACACCAGUGAAGGGGGUCAAAGUGACGACGACAUCAUUGCCACGAAGUCCUAUCAAGAGUCGCUUCCGCAAGGGUGUUCCCGAGACAACUACUGGGGGCGCCGAAGGCAAUAACACGGCAACUUCCACGACCACUCAGGCCGAUCCGGAUAUGUUAGACGAUGACAGAUUUCUUGCCGACAUACAGCUUACAGCACUGACUGGGGGACGAAAGAAGAAGGAGGACACGAACAAGGACUUGGACCAUUUCUUUGGUCCCAUAUACCAGGACGGUGGGCAGGGCGGGAAAGUGCAAUCACGCCGGCUAUGUCUCGUGUGCCCUCGUGGUAAUAAGAGCAUAGUCUCGCAGCCGACUACACUUCGUAGGCAUAUGGAGGCCACACACGAAGCUAUAUAUCAUAGGUGGGCUACGAAAAACGGUUUUCUCUCAGCGCUUCCGAAGGACCGAAAGGCUCGCAAGGAUGCUGCUGCGAUCGCGAGUGGCGCAGCAUCACAGCCAACUCUCGACAAGCACCUCCACGAGCCGCCACCCCGCGAAAAGUUGGUGAUGUAUACUGACGAAGUCUUUAAAGAAGCUGCUCUUGACUGGCUAAUUGCGACAGACCAGCCUAUUGAAGCACUCAAUCAUCCGAAAUUCAAGCAUAUGAUUGACAUUGCCUCCCGCGCAAAGAACGGCGUCAGCAUCCCUGGACAGGGCUCUACCCGGGCUGAGAUUAUCGAGCUGUUCCAAAAGCGUAUGCUGUUCUUGAAGGAGAAGCUGAAUAUUGGUUAUCUUACAACAGAUAAUGCAACUAAUAAUGCAUCAACGGUCCGCAAAUCUUCGUUCGCGCAAUGGGAUGCUGAUGAACGUCAUCUUCCCUGCAUGGCGCAUAUUAUCAACCUCGCAACACAAGCAUUCAUCUCCACGUAUAGCAAGUCACCCCAUUUUGACCCCAAAAACCCUGAAAACCACCUCCCCAAUAUGGUUGCUGAUAUUUGUGACAAAGUUGGGCUCAUCCGGGCCAUCGCUGUGAAGGAGCGCUCUUCAUCCAAGCGGAAAGAGCUCUUUCUCCGAAUUCAAGCAGAGGCUGUUAAUCGGCGGACGCGUGCAAUUGAAUUCCAAAAGACCCUUCGCACUGGCGACAUGAUACAGACGGAAUCAUCAAUACCUCCGGAUCCUGGGAUGCCUCAGCAACUUAUUCUUGACAUGAAGUUUAUCCCGGAGUUCAUUGAGCUGCUUACCGUUCAAGCCAGUACUGCAGACGAACGGACAAAAUUACGCUCCCUUAACUUGACAGAAAGUGAAUGGAAGCGGGCGAUUAAAUUCGCGAGCUUGCUUCAGCAUGCCAAUAACGCACAGCAGUCGUUCUCAUCUGGAACGAUCCCGACGCUUCAUAAUGCCAUUCCUGCAUCGGAAGCGCUUCAUGCGGCGUGGACCAAACGCGCCGGACUCGACAUAUUCAAACUUUUCCGGCCAGCUCUCGAAGCCGGAGCAGCGAAGAUCAACGAGUAUUAUAUUAAAACAGCGAAAUCUUCUGCACAUGUUAUCGCCCUUGUCCUGGAUCCACAUCAGAAGGGACGGUACUUCCUCAAGCACUGGGGCAAAGAACUAGCGGCCGAGGCCCGACAGACAGCGGAGAAGACGUUCAAGGAGCGUUGGGAGAAGCUUAAUGGGCCUGUCACCAAUCUCACACAGCCCAUAGACUGA